UGGUUCCGACUUCCGAUCAUGGCCGAUGAGGCACGAACCGUCCUUCUGGAGAAGAAGAAAGAAGACGAUGACCACCACAACUGCUCCGGCUGUAACAUCGAUCGACUUAAGGAAAACCAGCGAGGCAUACCUUACAUCAACCUCUCCUUCAUCUGGCUCCAAGCAUAUGGCGCGCGCACAACUGAAUCUCGAAAUUACGCUAUUCUGAUUUUUGUAUUUUCAAUUUCAGCUCUCCCGAUCUCUUCCCUGUUUCCAUAUCUCUAUUUCAUGAUCAGAGACUUUAACAUCGCAAAAGAAGAAGAAGAUAUUGGUUUCUACGCUGGUUUCGUUGCAUCUUCGUUCAUGAUCGGAAGAGCUCUGACAUCGAUUCUCUGGGGGAAAUUAGCUGAUCGAUAUGGUCGCAAACCUAUUAUCAUGAUUGGAACUUUCUCAGUGAUCAUAUUCAAUACUCUCUUUGGUCUAAGUACAAGUUUCUGGGUCGCGAUCUCCGUUCGAUUCCUUCUUGGUUGCUUUAAUUGUCUUCUCGGUGUAAUAAGGGCAUAUGCUUCAGAAGUCGUUAGUGAGGAGUAUCACUCUCUUAGUCUUUCUGUUGUGAGUACAUCGAGAGGUAUAGGACUAAUCAUAGGUCCUGCUAUUGGAGGCUAUCUUGCUCAGCCUGUAGAAAAGUAUCCGAAUAUAUUUUUGCAGAGCUCGGUUUUCGGGAGGUUUCCAUAUUUUCUUCCGGGCUUAGUUAUAUCAAUGUAUGCUACUGGUGUUCUCAUCGCAUGCUGGUGGCUUCCUGAAACACUUCAUACGCGUUGUAGAAUUGCCCACGAGAGGCUUAAUCCAAAUGGACGUGGAUAUCCACAAAAUGAGCUAAACGAUGAUGGAAGCAGAGAAGGAGGACUCGAUGACCAGAGAAUAAAAAGUAAGCCAAGUCUUUUGAAGAAUCGUCCAUUGAUGGCUAUCAUCAUUAUAUACUGUGUUUUUUCUCUCCAAGAGAUAGCUUACUCAGAGAUAUUCUCACUCUGGGCUGUUAGCGACAGAAGCUAUGGAGGAUUGAGUUUCUCAUCUCAAGAUGUUGGCCAAUUUGAUAUUGUCCAAUGUCUAUGGAUGUUUCAAGGACUUGGGCUUCUGGUGUUUCAACUUUUGGUAUACCCUCCAUUGGAGAAGACCCUGGGAUUCCUUGUGCUUAUACGUCUCUCUGCGGUGUUGCUGAUACCGCUGCUUUCUUGUUACCCCUCUAUAGCUUCACUCUCAGGAGUAACCCUCCAUGUG